AUGACGCCGCCCGAAAUUGACGAGAAGAAAUGCCUCGACUUUCUCUCUAAGUUGGUUCAGAUCAAAAGUUAUUCUCAAAGCAAUGGUGAGAUUGAGAUCACCGACUACAUCCACGCUCAGAUGACCCGCAUCGGUCUCGAGUCCGCCAUCUACCCCUUCGACGAAGGAAAGCGACAGAAUGCCGUGGGCAUCUGGAAGGGCACCGGGCAAAGCAAAUCGACCGCAAAGACGCUGCUGUUCAACGGACAUCUCGACACGAACCCAGUCUCCGCGGGUUGGACCGUCGAUCCCUGGGAGGGUAAGGUCGACGAAGGGUUUAUCUACGGUAUCGGCGUGAGCAAUAUGAAGUCCGGAUGCGCCGCCUACUUCUGCGCCGUCGAAACCCUCAAAGCAGCCGGGUGGACUCCUUCUGCCGAUGUCACACUGACGUACGUAGUCGGAGAGCUGCAAGGGGGCGUAGGGACCAAAGCCCUGAUCGACCAGGGACGUAUUGCCGCCGACUACUUCAUCAACUGCGAGCCGAGCGAUAUCCGGUCCAUUACCAUGCAUGCCGAGUCUCUCGUCUUCGAGAUUCAGCUCCUGGGCGUGACGAGGCACAUGUCGGCGCGAGAGGAGGCCGCCGACGCCAUUCUAGCCGCCUGCGAGCUGAUUCCCAUCCUGUCGAAGAUGCGCUUCCGGAACGCGCGCACGGAAGAACACGCCAAAUGCAAUCGCUGUAACGUCGGCGUCGUGCAUGGGGCUCUGGGGAAAGACCUCAUUGAGUGGCGGCCCCCGCAGGUCGCCGACUACGCCAAGAUAUUGGGUAGUGCGAGAUAUGCCCCGGGCCAGAGUCGCGCGAGCGUUAUCUCGGACAUAUGCGACGUGGUGGAAGGCGUUGUCCGCAAAUACCCAGGAAUGAGUUUCGAGUUCAAGGAGGACUCGCGGCCGACUAUGCCGGCGUUUGAAGUGUCUAAAACAUCGCCAAUCGUCAAGGCUGUUAGUAAAGCGUACCACGAUGUACGUAACGAGCCACAAGCCGUUGGCGUUCUCUCUCCAACGUGCUUUUAUGGCUCGGACAGUGGGUUCUUGUAUAAGAUGUUGGGUAUGGAGGGUGUGGUUUGCGGGCCUGGUGGCAGAUACAACACCCGUCCCGACGAGAAGGUCGAUAUCGCGGAUUAUUUAGAUUGUGUCCGAAUGUUUAUUAGAGUCAUUAUGGAAAUCUGCGGCUAG